AUGGGGAGGGCUCCUUGCUGCGACAAAGCCAACGUAAAGAGAGGUCCAUGGUCGCCUGAAGAAGACGCCAAACUCAAGUCUUAUAUCGAGCAGCACGGAACCGGUGGCAACUGGAUAGCCCUGCCCCAGAAAAUAGGCCUCAAAAGGUGUGGGAAAAGUUGUCGUCUCAGAUGGCUAAAUUAUCUUCGCCCAAACAUCAGACACGGGGGUUUCUCAGAAGAAGAGGACAACAUAAUUUGCAGUCUCUAUGUUAAUAUUGGAAGCAGGUGGUCAAUCAUAGCAGCGCAAUUACCAGGACGUACGGAUAAUGAUAUAAAGAAUUAUUGGAACACUAGGCUGAAGAAGAAGCUAUUAGGAAGGCAAAGGAAGGAGCAACAGGCUCAAGCUCGCAGAGUUUGCAGCAUAAAGCAAGAGAUCAAGAGAGAGAGUGAAAAUUUGAUGUUACCUAUGGGAGUUAUUAGCCAAACACCUUUUUGGCCAGCACAACAUCCAUGGCCCAUUAUUCCAGUGGGAAAUGCUUCAAUCCAGAACUAUGAUCUCGACAAUCAAACAUCAUCGCUCAAAAACUUUUCUGACAACAUGGUCACACUCACUAGUUGUACCAACAUGAAUUCACAAUAUACAUGUGACAUUUCCUUCCCACAAGACCACACUUUUCAAGGGUUUGGGAACUUCCCUAGUGAUUUGAGCGAGUUGGCAUGUGUGAAUCCGCAACAAAUAGAUGGAUCAAUGCUGGGAUUUUAUGGAAUGGAGUCCAAGGACUUGGCCAAUGGUAGCACGAACACUUCUUCAACAGAAAGCACUAGUUGGGGAGAUAUAAACUCUUUGGUUUACUCACCUUUGGUUUCUAAUUAUGAAGAUUGCCAACAAAGAAUGCUUCAAGAUGUUACUUUGGAGGAACUUAGGUACUUCGGGAUGCAAACGCAAUAA